GCAUGUGAAGUCAAUCAUGUCUCGAAGUGGCUGUGUAGCUUGCUUCGGAAAUGGACCCGCCUCGUGUACGCCCGACCCUGGAUUCUGAAAGCUAUCUCUCCAACAGCGGCCGUGGCUCAUAUUGAGCUGCUCUGCCAGCAUCCAAGACUCACGCAGGAGCUCGACCUUUACCGCAACAUGCCCAAGGCAACUCCUCUAUCGUACUCCGCCUCGGAUGACGGCGGCCUCUCGGAGUCCGAUUACGACGUCAUUUCUGAGGCGCAGUCUCUUGAAAGCAGCAUCGACGAUCUUGGACGCGAACCCAACCCCUUCCACCAUGUCGGUGACCUGGAUCACAAGCUGAAGCCUUAUGAACCGCCCGUCAGUGCGGUGGCAAAGGCGAAGUACGCCACUGCGAAUUUGAGCGAAGAAGACAUACAGGCGUAUAUCAGAAAGGCGUUAGGCAGGGAGAAGCUCCUCUCGUCUACGAAAGGUUCCACUAUCCGCGGCAAGGGUGACGUUUGGGAAACGAGGACGGUGCGGGUAUAUGUGGAUGGGCUCUUUGACGGGUUCAAUGUCAGCCAUGCGCUACAACUACGUCAAGCAAAGCUCUCGUUCCCGUCCGUCCACCUCCUCGUCGGCGUACUUCCGGAAUCGACCGCAGCAACGCCCUCUUCAACCUCCACCCUCCCGCAUGCCGAACGAUGCGAGCUACUCCGACAUGUGCGCUGGGUGGACGAAGUCAUCGUUGACGCUCCUUACUCCCUCGCCACACCAUCCGCCGAUCAGUUCCUGAAGUUGUGGAGGAUUGAUUACGUGGCCAUAGAAGAAGGCAGCAGCAUCAACCCCGAAUGCGAUAAGGACAGGUUGAAGGGUUACGACAGGAUGAAGGAGAUAGGGAAAUCUAUACCCACCAGGAGAACGACAGGUGUCAUUGGGGCUCUCCCGAGAGUGCCCUCGACUGCGUUGCCUGGGACUGGUGGUCCUUCGCAGGCAGAGGAACCCCCGCGUAGCCGAACUCCGAGUCCCUCACCUCCUGGGACCCCGAGAUCACCGCUACCGCUCUUUGAGGAGGGACCACCUCUCGACAUAUACGGCAUCGGUAUCUAGGCUCGUGUAUACUUAUCACUUCAUGAU